AUGAAGAACGAUGAUACAACUUGGAAAGAAAAAGAUUGUAUUGAGCAAAUUUAUUCGAUAGUCGAUGACGUUUUGAGGAAUAAGAAGUAUUCUAACAAUGAGAUAAAUCAGUGGUCAAAUAUAAUUUGCGAAGCGUGUAUGAAUUUUUUGUACUCCAAAAUGCUUCCUCAAAAAUACAUAAUAAGUUGCUAUAUUUUAAAAAACACGAAAACGGAAACAACACUUCGAUUUUCGACCUACUGGGAUAAGGCAGAUAAGCACCUUCAAAUAUGUUGGCCACAUGACCUAAAAAACUGCAACAUGCUUUGCUAUCUUAAUGUUUAUAUUAUAAAAAUAUUAGAUGGGCAUUAG